ACACCCUGAAGCCGCUGCUCUCCAACCUCAAUCACCGCCAGUCCACCUCCAUCUGCACUCCAGCUUCGACACCAUACCUGCAUCCCACUUGAUCUCUUACUAAGAAGCUGCCUUCAGAACCACCAUCACACAUUCAGCACCAUGGCCGAGAUUCGACGAAAGCUUGUUAUUGUCGGUGACGGCGCCUGUGGAAAGACCUGUCUGCUCAUUGUCUUCUCCAAGGGCACCUUCCCCGAGGUCUACGUCCCCACUGUCUUCGAGAACUACGUCGCCGACGUCGAAGUUGACGGCAAGCACGUUGAGCUCGCCCUUUGGGAUACCGCCGGCCAGGAAGAUUACGACCGUCUCCGCCCUCUGUCCUACCCCGAUUCGCAUGUCAUCCUCAUUUGCUUCGCCAUCGACUCGCCCGAUUCGCUCGACAAUGUCCAGGAGAAGUGGAUCUCCGAGGUUCUGCACUUUUGCCAGGGCCUUCCCAUCAUCCUCGUAGGCUGCAAGAAGGAUUUGCGCUUCGACCAGAAGACUAUUGAGGAGCUACACAAGACCUCGCAGAAGCCCGUCACACCCGAGCAGGCAGAGGAUGUGCGCAAGAAGAUUGGUGCCCAGAAGUACCUCGAGUGCUCGGCAAAGACCAACGAAGGCGUCCGAGAAGUAUUCGAGCACGCCACCCGGGCUGCUCUCCUGACCCGGAAAGAGAAGAAGACCAAGAAGUGCUUGAUCUUGUAAGCGCGGCAAGGUUGUAGGUGAAGUACCGCCGCAACCGCGCCUUGUUGAGCCUGGACAAGAACAACAUGUAGCGGCUACCGGGUGUGUAACAGGGGUCUAUCUGACAAGGAGGCAAGACGUGAAGGGCCGCUCGAGGUAGCAGAGAGUCGAAUCUCGGGCCUGCCAAGGCCAUGACCUCACGGCACCUAUACGAGGCGUUACUGUGCUGGAUCUUCUGUGUGUUUGGACCGUACAUCAUCUUGGGGUAGUUCAUGAUGGGGUUAUCUUCUGCAGAGCGUGUGGAUUGAGAUUGAGCAAAUGGUAGGAUCUUUCUAAUAAUCGGUGCUCUUGUUUUGCGACCUGCGUGUGUCUCCUCCGGCAGCCUCUCUAUGAUGCUUCCAUAACAAUCGCUGACUAUGAUUUCCUGCCUCCCUUCUGUGUUUUUUUGAACAAAUGAGACUGUUUUAGU